AUGGCUCUGUUCCUGCUAGUUUCCAUGCUGCCUCUUGCUGGGCGAGUGCUGGCCCUCCGGCAAAAUCAGGAGGAAGACCUUGUGCUCCACGAGGCAGAUCCCGAAUUGCUCCCGACGGGCAAGGCUGGCUAUUUCAUGCUGUGCUGUGUCUCGGACAAGGCAAGCUUUGGUGUUGCAGACUCGCGUUUCCGCGGUGCCGCGGGGCGGAUGCUCCAGGCUGUUGCAGAGGAUGGUGCCUAUGGCAUGGGGAGCGAUUUCCAUCGGCAUCGUUUCAACAAGCAUUGCAAGGCCGCAUUGCGUCUGGACCAUUGCCCUGAUGUCGAAGCCCCGGCAGAUGACGAUGCACGCAGUGAUCCUGACAAGCUGGCGGCCGCAAUCGAGGAGUUCCUCGCCAAGUACGGCAUUCACUCUGAGGAGAAGACGCCGGAGUAUAAAACCUACAUGGGGCACGAAGCCAGGUGCCCGAAGGACUUCCACCCGCAGCAGGAUCUCUUGCGCUGCAGCAGCGACAUGAAGCACUUCUUGAAGCUCUUGGAGCUAUGGCUGAAGAAGUUGCAAGCAGAGGAGGAGGUCAAGGACAACACCGGCAUACGCGGCUUCUUCUUAUCAAACCCGAAGAGCCGUCAAAAAGCGUACGAGAAGCUCAGAGAUGCGGACUUUGACCUCGUGAAACUCUGGUUUAAGCAUCACAAGCGCGACAUGUGA